AUGUUCCGAAUCCUCGAGUCGCAAGCUCCGGCCAAACAAACGGCUACGGACACAAUCGAUGUAUUGAGCAGUAGACUCCAGAGUGCUACAUUGUUGGAAGAUCGCCGAGCAGCAAUUCAAGGGCUCCGAAGCUUCGCAAAACUCUACCCAGCAUCAGUGGCCUCCGGAGGUCUGCGAUCAUUGAUCAACAGUCUACGCAAUGACAGUGAAGAUGCGGACACCAUCAAAGUGGUCCUUGAGACCCUCCUGAUGCUCUUCACGCCUGAUGAAUCUAGUCCCGAGGCAUCAGACGAAAUAGCUCUGUGGCUGGCAGAUGAAUUCACUCAGCGACAAGAUAAUAUAACUACUCUACUCGACCUUCUCGAAGCCCGCGAAUUUUAUCCCCGCCUUUAUUGCCUUCAAUUGAUUUCCCACAUUUGCAGCGCACGACCGGAACGGACACAAGAAUGCAUCUUCACAGCGCCACUGGGGAUUUCCAAGCUAGUCAAUGUGUUGACAGAUGCGAGGGAGCCAGUGCGUAACGAGGCUCUUGUCUUGUUGAUUGCCCUGACCCCUUCCUCAGAAGAGCUACAAAAGCUUGUGGCAUUUGAGAAUGCAUUUGAGAUACUCUUAUCUCUUAUCGAAGCAGAAGGAGCAUUGACUCAUGGAACUGAGGUGGUAGAAGACUGCCUGUCUUUGUUGGCUCAGUUAUUGCGAUUCAAUGUCUCCAAUCAGUCGUUCUUCCGCGAGACCGGAUACGUGAAACGGGUGACACGGCUGCUUCAUGAAUGUCAACAAGAACCAGAAGGCGACGACUCGGCACCAGAGUGGACCUUGAUCCAUCGAGACAAGAAUGUUUGGGGGCUUUUGGCCAUCAUUCAGUUAUUCUUGAUUCGCGGUGGCAUGACUACGCCCAUUAAUCAGACUGCAUUUUGGCAGAAUGGUGUGACCGAACAAGUCCUUAGCAUCGCAUUCGGUCAAAGAUUCAGCGUCAGUGUUACAGCUAAGGCUUUAUCGACUUGUGCCGAUCUUAUCCGUGGAAACUCACCAUUGCAGGAAAGAUUUGGUGAUAUCGAAGUCCUGUGGGGGUCUUACCACGGCGGCGACAAGGCGGCCAACGGGCAUGUCAAUGAGCCCCUACGAAUCAAUGUCAUCGAAGCAUUCCUAAAGCUCAGCCUUGAACCCGCUCCUAAUAACCUUUUGGAUGCACGGCUUGCUGCCUGUGAAUGUAUGAAGGCGUUCUUCGCUCAACACUCUGGUAUUCGUAUGCAUGUGCUUCGGCGAGCGAUUGAAGGGCAUACCAGUGGACAGGAUCGAAUCCCGAAUAUCCUAUCUGUACUACUCGUUGCACCGGAGGCGAGAGGAAAUGCCGAUCCAUAUCAAGUGUGGAUGGCCUCUGUCCUUAUGUUCCAUCUGCUUUUUGAUGAUGCAGAGGCGAAGGCAACGGCUAUGAGGGUUACCGAGGGCGAUGCUGAGAGCGGCGAAGAAGUAGUCACGAGUGUCCAAUCUAUCGUGGGUAAUCUGAUCACUGGACUGCAGCGCGGCGAUGAUGAAAGAAUCACCGUUGGUUAUUUGAUGUUGCUCUGUGGUUGGCUGUUCGAAGAUCCGGAUGUUGUGAACGACUUUCUUGGAGAGGGCAGCAGCAUCCAAACCUUGCUACAGGAAAUCAAGCACCAGCGCACUCCCAGCAAAUUGUUGCCUGGACUUUGCACAGUGCUGUUGGGUAUCAUUUAUGAGUUCUCCACCAAAGACUCCCCGAUUCCUCGCACCACUCUCCACAAACUGCUUAUCGAGCAGCUUGGAAGGGAACAAUACAUUGAUAAGAUCACAAGGCUCCGAGAAUGUCCAUUAGUUCGCGACUUUGAGGUCCUACCCCAAACCGCUGGAUCUCAGGUCGAGGGAGGACUGCCGGAGGUUUUCUUUGACCGCGCCUUCGUCGAAUUCCUGAAAGAUAACUAUAGCCGAUUACUUCGCGCCAUUGAUCGUGAACCCGGAUUUGAGAUCUCUGUUGUCACCAACGGCGUGGAGAAGGGCGUGUCGCGAGAGCUGGUCGACGCUUUGCGCGGAGAAAUCGAAGAUAAAACCCAAACGCUUCAAAAAUUGGAGUCUGAUCUUGUGAGCAUCCAACGGAAGCUUGAUCAGGAACAGCUGGAUCAUCGAAAGACGAAGGAAUCUAGCUCGGUGGAGGUAUCAAGGGUGCAACAGACCAUUCAGUCUUUACAACAUAGCCAUGCGCAGGAGCUGUCGGAGCAGCUAUCAAAGCUCGAAGACCAACAUAAGCACCAGAAGAACGAAUUACUGAAGCAGCAUGCAGAUCAGCUUCGUGCUCUCGACCAUCAACUCAAGCAGGCAUCGGCGGAAUCCGAAAGCAAAAGCAGCAAACUAAAUGAAAUGAGCAAGCAGCAUGAGCGGGAGAUUGCUGGGCUGCAGCAAAAGAUUCGUGGCUUGGAGGCAGAACUUGCCCGCGUCCGGGAACAAGGUGCAAGAGAACUUGCCACUUUCAAGAAGAAAGCUCAAGAGUUACAAAAUACCAUCAGUCAGUCCAAGGAGACUCACGGUGCAAAGGUCACUGAGCUUGAACAAAAGAUCCAAGAUCUGGAAAGCACCAGGAAAUCCCACGAUGAACGAGUCGGUGGUCUUAACAAGACGAUCGAGGAGUUGCAAAGCACGAUCAGUCAAUCCAAGGAGGCCCAUGGCGCAGAGAUUGCUGGUCUUGAAAAGCAGAUCCAAGACUUCAAAAACACCGAGAAAUCCAAUGAUGGACAGGUGGCUGAUAUCAGCAAGAAAUUGCAAAGCAUGGAGUCUACGUUGGCCGCAACAAAGGAACAGCACGAAGCCGAAGUGGGUGACUACAAGAGCAAAAUUGGAAGCUUGGAGGCCGACCUUGCUGCAUCCCAGCAGCAACAUGAGGCUCAGACUACUGAUCACAAGGAUACGGUUGGAACACUUGAGUCAAGUCUUGCUGCAGCCAAAAAAGAGCAUGAAGCUGAAAUCGCAACCCUGAAACAAUCCGUCGCAGCCCUUGAGCCAGAACUUGCAAAGGCCCAGAAGUCUAGCAAUGAUCUUGCAACAGCCCAAGAAGGCACAGCAUCCCAGACUUCUGCGUUGGAAGCACGAGCCAAAGAGGCCGAGGAAAAGGCCGAAGAGGCCGAGUCACGUGCCCGCAGUGCGGCCGAAGCCCUCAAAAGCAUUCAGGCCCAGCUCGACAAGGCUCAAUCAGAAGCUAAAGAAAAGGAAGAGGCCCGCCAGUCUGCCCAGGUUGAACUGGAAGACCUGCUGAUCGUCUUCGGAGACUUAGAGGCUAAGCGAGCCGACGACAAGAAACGACUGAAAGAACUUGGAGAGGAAGUUUCGGAAGCGGAGGAUGACGAUGAUGAAGAGGACGAGGAGUAA